GUUCUUCCCCUACAUAUGCAAUUACAGAAGCCAUAGAUUCUUCUGUGUGACUUUCUGAAAGUAAGUGAACCUAACCUAACCCAACCCAACCCAACUUCUCCUUCUACUUCUCUUCCUUCAUCCUUUUAUUCUUCAUACAAACAAACAACCAUUCACUAAUUUACAUACUCUCUCAAAAACCGUGUAAACUUUCUCAACUAAACCAAAUGAUCUCUCAAAAAAUGCCUUCAAAUCCUCCUAAAUCCUCUCCUUUACUCCACAGAAUCAACAACAAGGCUACCGCCACCGCCAUCACAGCUAACAUGCUUUGUCAGAAAGGCUUCCAAAAGCGUUUUCCUUUAACGUCUGCCACCCCUGUGCCCGACACCGUAGCACGUUAUCACGUCCACGCUGUGGGUCCCAACCAGUGCUGCUCCUCCGUAAUCCAGCAGAUCGCCGCUCCUGUCUCCACCAUCUGGUCAGUCGUUCGCCGCUUCGAUAACCCGCAAGCUUACAAACACUUCGUCAAGAGCUGUCACGUAAUCGAUGGUGACGGAGACGUCGGUACAGUACGUGAGGUUCACGUCAUCUCCGGACUCCCAGCCGCGAACAGCACCGAGCGUCUCGAGAUCCUAGACGACGAGAGCCACGUCAUCAGCUUCAGCGUGGUGGGCGGUGACCACAGACUCUCGAAUUACAAGUCGGUGACGACCCUCCAUCCCUCACCCUCUGGCAACGGAACGGUUGUGAUCGAGUCGUACGCGGUCGACGUCCCACCAGGCAAUACAAAAGAGGACACUUGUGUUUUCGUCGACACCAUUGUACGGUGCAACCUCCAGUCACUGUCUCAGAUCGCCGAGAAUUUAGCAAGACGCAACCUCAACAACGCUACAUGAUCUAACUUAGCACUGUUGCCGACCAAUGUCUAUGGUAAUACGCAGUCGUUUUUUUUGUAAGUAUCGGAUGAGAGUUGCCAAAAACAAACCCCUCCCCCCUUUCCGUUCAUCAUCAUCGUCAGUUCCAUUUUUGUGUUUUUUCUUUUUUUUAAAUCUUUCUGUCUGAGAAAUAUUAAAUUUAAAAAAUGACAUAGAGCAUUACCAUUAAUGUA